AAUUCCUAUAAAAGAAAGCGCGCAUCCGUACUUGAAAUCUUUUAUUCGCAGCCUACCACAAUUAAACAGAUCACCAUCUCAAUUAGCUGAUGACAAUCGUGCUUAUACGCCGACGUGAAUAAUUUGUUUGCUGCAAUCCAAAUUCCUGAAAUAUUGAUUUUUACAUAUCUAAUACUAUAAAGAUGACUACUACCAAAGAUUAUCGAUUAGAGUCUGUCCGUUUGGACAGCUUCAAAGACUGGUCGAACUUAUGGAUAAAGCCAGAAGAACUCACAGCGGCUGGAUUUUAUUAUACGGGCGAAAGCGACAAAGUAAAAUGUUUCAUGUGUGAGAUUGAAUUAAUUAAAUGGAAACCAGGAGACAAUCCGAUAGUCAGGCAUAAACUGAACUCUAAAAGAUGCGAUUUUAUUAAUAAUAUUUCAUGGGAAAAAGUACCGAUCGAUAUGGAUCCUAGCACAAUUCCUGCAUCUAGUCCUGAAGGAGUAGACGAAUGUGGAAUAUACUGUGAGGAGGUGUUGAAGAUUAUUGCAAACCAGCAUUGCGAAGAAACAGCAGACAGAAUAAAUUAUUGGCUGAAACAUCUUCUGUACCAUACAGCCUCAAUACCGAAGUAUCCCCAAUACAUUAAUUAUGCUGUUAGAUUAGCAUCGUAUAAUAGAUGGCCUAAAAUAAAGUCACAAGCUGAAAAACUAGCAACUGCUGGAUUCUAUCAUUCGGGAAAUAGCGAUAAAAUAGUAACAUGCUAUUACUGCGGUGGACAAUUAGAGAAUUUGGACCUGGACGAUGAUCCUUGGAUAAAACAUGCCGAAUGGUUCCAUCACUGUCUUUUUCUAGUUCUAACUAAAGGAACGGAAUUUAUAAAUAACGCUAUUAAGACACCGUGUAUCAAAAAAAAACUUCCGUCUGUAGUUGAUACAGAUACAGUGGAAGAGAAAUUUGAUUUUGAGAAAACUGAUAAUGGGAAUAUUGCUAGUGGAAGCUCUCGAAAUUCAAUUAAUGCUGAAAAAGGAAAACCUAAUUUACUUAAUACAGAAGCAAGUGAUGUAUCGGAUGAAGCCAGCAACAAGGAAUAAUCUGUUUAAAUACAGACUGAUAAGAUUAUACAGAAUGUAAAAUUAUGCAGAAUUUGUUGUAGUAGAAAACAACAAAUCUUAUUUAUGCCAUGCUAUGCAUAUAUUUUUUGGCGUGUGAAAAAUAUGCGACAGAUUUGAAAAAAAUGUGUAUGUGGUGAGAAUAUUAA